AUGGCGGGCGCGCUGAGCGGCAUGUUCGCCAACCAGCCGCCGGGGCCGCCGCCGCCGCCGGGGCCUCCCGGUGGGCCCGGCCCGGCCGGCCUCAUCCCGCCUCCGACGGGGCCGCGCAAUCCCAACAACACGCUCGUGGACGAGCUGGAAGCGUCCUUCGAGGCCUGCUUCGCCUCGCUGGUGAGCCAGGACUACGUGAACGGCACGGACCAGGAGGAGAUCCGCACCGGUGUUGAUCAGUGCAUCCAGAAGUUUCUGGAUGUUGCAAGACAAACUGAAUGCUUUUUUCUACAAAAAAGACUGCAGCUAUCAGUCCAGAAACCAGAGCAAGUAAUUAAAGAGGAUGUUUCAGAAUUAAGAAAUGAAUUGCAGAGAAAAGAAGCAUUAAUUCAGAAGCAUUUGGGUAAACUGCGACACUGGCAACAGGUCCUGGAAGAUAUCAGUGUACAGCACAAGAAGCCUGCAGAAAUGCCUCAAGGGCCAUUAGCUUACCUAGAACAAGCAUCUGCUAAUAUUCCUGCUCCAAUGAAGCAAACAUGAUCUUUGUUUUUACAUAUCUGAAUAUUUUCAACAAUGCAAAGCAGUGGUGUUUUUUUUUGUAUGCUUUUUGUAUAAUGUAAUUUGUACUACAAAUACAAACAGUUAAGACAAUUAAGUGAAAUAAAUUAUCUUUUUUCUUUUUUUGCAAAAAUAUGGAUUGGUUUUAUAUUUCAAUGGAAAAUACGCAGAGUUGCUAUUCAGGAUGCUUUCUGGUAGAAGUGUGUUUUCCAGAAUGCAUCCUGUUCCUUCUAGAAAGGGUGGCCCUAGCUCUCCCCUAACUAUAUCUUUGCUGGUAUGAUGAAAAUACUUGCAAAGAUCACUGUUUGGUUUUACUGGAACAUUUAAAUGUUUUGUGAUCCAGUAAUUAUCCAUCAGUACCACUGUAGAAGCACCCUUAGAAUUGUCUGUAUCUAGGUCAGAUCAAGAGUGUACUUUUUUUGAAGUGAAUUGUCCAUCUCCACUGGACUUUUGCUCACCUCAUGAAGGGGUCUUGAGACAUAGAAAUUUGAUUCUUAUAGGAUGAAAUGAAACUGCAAAAUGCAUAUGCGUCGGGGAGGGGAUGUAAUGCAGGCCCAGUGGUACUGGUGUUCUAUCUGUCAGGCUAGUGUAGAGGUGGUCAAAAAUACCUACCCCCAAAAUAAAGACCACUCAUUGUGGAUGUUAGGUCAUCGUCCCUGUCCAGUCUACAGAAUUAGCUUCUACUGGGGUGCACUAUUUAGUAAUGUCAAUGUAGCCAAAAAAAGAUUUCAGAGGUAGAAAUAGCAAAGGAGUCCUGUCUCUAUUACUAGGCAACAAGCUUAAUUCAUAUAGCCAGGAAAACCACUUUCUAGGGACACCAUUCUGGGGACAGAGUUAAUUAAUUAGAAUAUUGUAACCCUGGAAAUUAGAAUUAGUAAUUGUGUAUUGAACUUCCUAGUGUGCUUUAAAAGUUUUUGGGGCAGAGUGGAUGAAAACAAAAAACAGCCCUAUAUAUUUCUGAUCUUCUCGCAGAUACCAAGGCACACCUCAGCGUUACUUACUGUGCACCAUUUUAUCCCCUUCUUGAUUGCGUGUAUAAAAAGUGUCAUCUUGCCAAAUCUGAUGCCAAAGUCUCCUUCCAAGUUCAUUUUGGAAAAAAUACUGAACAGCUGGGAUCAAAGUAUUGGCCUGUAGAAGCAUUCUGCCCCUUCUGCCACCUUUUUACCACAGGUGAGGUGCAGUGGCUGUUUUGUAGUAAGUGUUUGCAUCUGUUGGUACAGUUCUUCCUGGCUGUUUGGUAUAAGAAGAGGUUGGCCUGGAGGUGCCCCUCUUCGCACAUGUAAAAUUUGUUACACAGCUGGGCCCUGCUGGUUGAAAUUAAAUGGGGACUCAAAUCAUACAGCGGUUGAAGAUGAACUAUCCUAUCUUAAACACUAGGCUGCUGGUUGCACAAUUCCCUGCCUUUCACAUUUGUUGAUUAAGUACCUGAGGGUUAAUUUCUUCAUGGGUCUUUCCUCCCAGUAAUGAGUUAGCUAGCAUGAUCUGUUAAAUGUAGUUGUUCACCCACUUUGGAUUUUGGUGGGCAUAAGAUCAAUAUUGAGAUAAAAUGUAUGCAGUUCCCGUAAAUCUGGAACUCAAUGUAUCAGUCUGACUCGCACUUCAGCAUAACAUAGCACUAUUUUGCAAAACAUGGAAAUGGAUGAUUUACAAGCAAGUUUUAAUGUUCAUACUUACAUAUUAUCCUUAUUUAUCAGGCUGAUUGUUACAUGUAUUGAAGUGCAACAGGAAUAUCAUAUUGCAAUGCUGACUAUACAAAAUAGUUUAUUAAGCAAACCAGAAAGUAUUUCUGAACCAGCCUGCUAUAAACAUGCUAUUCUUGGAGGUAUACCGCAUGCUGUACAGCUUAAAAUAAGUUUAACAAAAACCUAUUAAAAACUUAAAAAAUUACACUACUAUGUGCAGAAAUUAUUUUAAACAGCUGAUGAAGCAAAUGUAUAAAACUACAGAAAUCACCUACAGAAGUAAGAUCUUUUUUCAGCUGGCACCAGAUUGACAGGACAUAUCAGAGACCAAAUUGCAUAUUUAAUGUAAUUGUGGAGUGGUACAGUCUCUUGAUUAAAAAGUCUCUUCGCAUA